AUGACCACUAAGUACUCACCCUUUUUUUUAAUGUUUGGUAGAGAGGCGAGGUACCCUACUCAAAUCCCAGAUGAAUACAGAGUGGACAGCAGUGUAGAGGACAUUUUGUCUGUUGAAGAGGCAACAGAAGAAAUUCUUAAGCUGGAUGAAGUCCUUCAGACUGCUAUUUCCAAUAGCAAAAAAACACAGUCAAAAUAUCAAAACAAAAAUAAAGGCAGACCUACUCCGAGUUUUACAGUUGGCAUGAAAGUGUGGAGGAUGAACACGAGGAGCCAGCAGAGGAAAGGGGGAAAGUUAGAUCGCAAUUACCCCUACACAAUUGCUGCAAUAUCAGGAAAAAGUGUGGAUCUUUUGGACAGCAAAGGUGUGACAAUACCAAAAAUUAACAUUGACCAUUUAAUGGUGUUCACAGAAGAACAGCCAAGAAUUCCACAUAAGUUGUCUAAUGCUUCUUCUUCUGAGCCAUCCACCACCACCACAUCCACAGUCGGGCCCCCAACCACCACGUCCACCUGUGAAACAUCCACCACCACGUCCACCUGUGAAACAUCCACUACCACGUCCACCUGUGAACCAUCACAUCAGUGAGGACCUCUCCUGGACCACCAACACAGCAUCACUGGCCAAGAAAGCACAACAGCGCCUCUAUUUCCUGCGCAAACUCAAGCGGGCAAGUGCUCCACCACCCAUCCUGACCACAUUCUACAGAGGAACCAUUGAAAGCAUCCUUUCCAGCUGCAUCACUGUGUGGGGCAGUAGCUGCACUGACUAUAACAGGAAAGCUCUACAACGCAUUGUGAGAACAGCUGAGAGGAUAGUUGGUGUACCACUCCCCUCCCUGCAAGACAUCUACACCACCCGCCUCACCCGCAAAGCCAUCACAAUUGUCAACGAUGCAACCCACCCUGCGCACUGUCUGUUUAGCCUCCUGCCCUCUGGAAAGAGAUACAGAAGUCUCCGCUCCCGCACUACCAAGCUCACCAACAGCUUCAUCCACCAGGCUGUGAGACUGCUGAACUCUCUCCCCUCCCGGCUCCCAGCCAGCAGAACCACCAGACUGGCAGGAGUAUAGGAAGACAGACUGGACUCUACCCCCCCCCCCGAACUGAAAAACACUCCUGACUGGAAACAACUACCUCUGCAUUGCAAUUGCACACACCUGCUGCUAUAUAUUUUUAGUAUUUUUUUAGCACUAUUUAUAUUAUUUAUAUUACUACUACUGCUGCUACAGUCUUAUGCUGCACUAAAACAAAAACCCUUACCAACCACAACCUGGGACUACCUCAAGUAGACUAGUAUACUACUUUCCAGGGCACACUGUCGGAACACUUUAUCAUAUGUUAGGUCUUGUCUUGUUAUAUCCUGUAUGUUACCUAAAUAUAAUGCCUUAAGUCUACCUGCACUUUUUUUAUUUUAUAUUACCUUAUUGUUAGGACUGUUUUUGUUGUGCAUCUGCACUUUAUUGUUGUCAAUGUUUACGCAUGGGACAGUGUGAAACGUAAUUUCAAUUCCUUUGUAUGGCAAGUACAUUUGAAGAAAUUGACAAAUAAAAUUGACUUUGACUUUGACUUUGAUCCACUACCACGUCCGCCUCUGAACCAUCCACUACCACGUC